UUAAUAGCUUUGUCAUGUGAUGGAAAGCAGUUGUAAGACAGGUGCCCUCAGUUCAUUCUCAGCAAGGGGCAGUUGUCUGUGAGAGCGAGUGGAGCGCGAGUGGAUUUCUUUUUGCCCGAUUUCUUUUUUUGUUUUGCGGACCGUCAUUCAGUGCCUGGAUGGCGUGGGACAGGUGUAACCAGGACUCGGUGUGGAGAGAAUUAGAGUGUGCUGCCUUAGUGGGUGAGGACCAGCCCCUCUGUCCAGACCUGCCAGAGCUGGACCUAUCAGAGCUGGAUGUCAGCGACCUGGAUGCAGACAGCUUCCUGGGUGGGCUCAAGUGGUACAGUGACCAAUCAGAGAUCAUCUCCAGUCAGUAUGGCAACGAAGCUUCGAAUCUGUUUGAGAAGAUAGAUGAGGAAAAUGAGGCCAACUUGCUGGCGGUGCUCACAGAAACCCUGGACAGCAUCCCUGUGGAUGAAGACGGCCUGCCUUCCUUCGAGGCCCUGGCAGAUGGGGACGUGACCAAUGCCAGCGACCAGAGCUGCCCCUCCACCCCUGACGGCUCGCCACGCACCCCCGAACCGGAGGAACCCUCUCUGCUGAAGAAGCUCCUUCUGGCGCCUGCAAACUCGCAGCUCAGCUAUAAUCAAUACACAGGUGGCAAGGCACAAAACCAUGCAGCCGGCAGCAACCACAGGAUCAGACCAACACCUGCUGUUGUCAAGUCGGAGAACCCGUGGAGCAGUAAAUCGAGGGGGGUCUGUCCGCUGCAGAACCGGCCAGUGAGGCGCCCCUGCACCGAGCUCCUCAAGUACCUGACCGCCACCGACGACAUCCUGCUCCAGACCAAAGCCAGCGAAGCCAAGAGCGCCUGGGGGGGCGGGGGCAAGGAGAAGAACGGCCUGGGCGCCUCCUCCUCCUCCUCCUCCUCGCCCUCCGCCUCCUCCACCUCCUCCUUCUCCUCCCUCUCCUCCUCCUCCUCCUCCUCCACGUCCGCCUCCAAGAAGAAGCAGUCGUCUCCUUCGCCGUCGCCGUCGGCGACCCUCCUGGCCCAGCAACAGCAGCAGCAGCAGCAGCAGCCUCUGCCCCAGCGAGCCAAACCAACCACCUUGCCACUUCCUUUGACCCCAGAGUCUCCAAAUGACCACAAGGGAUCACCGUUUGAGAACAAAACCAUUGAACGCACAUUGAGUGUGGAGAUCUCUGGAACCCCAGGUCUGACACCACCUACCACGCCCCCCCACAAAGCCAGUCAAGAGAUCCCUUUCAAAGCAUCACUCAAAACCAAGUUGUCUUCAUGCUCCUCGUCCGUCCUGGCGUUCAAGAGGGCCAGGCUGAGUGAGACGGACCCCUUCUGCCCCCCGGCCCCAGGCGGGGUCCCCACCUCCAGGAAGGGCCCUGAGCAGACUGAGCUGUACGCCCACCUGAGCAAAGCCUGGGCCGCCCCCCUCCCCGCCACGCCCGCCCCGCCGGGGGCCCCCGACUUCCACCGCGACCACAAGCGCGCCCCGGGCCGCGGCUACGGAGACCACGACUAUUGCCAGGCGUCAGCGGGCGGCAAGCGGGACGGCGCUGCCAAAGAUGCCCCCGCCUCCGUCGCCGCGACGGCAGCCGCGGCCGGCCGGACGACGCCGUCCGCCCCCGCGGGCCCCGCCCCCGCCGUCGGGGCGGCGGAGGGCCGGCGUGUGGAAUGUAAGGACUCAGCCAUGCCGCCCUCUUCCUCUUCACCUCCUUCUUCCUCAUCGCCAUCACCAUCGUCAUCCUCGUCUUUGGCCAAGCAGCUGCAGAAGAGCCCCGUCUCUGCUCAGGGGCGGGGGCCGGAGCAGACCCCCGCCCAGGCCCCACGGGCCCCAACCCGGCCCCCCAGGGGGGACCCGCACCCGCCCGGCAGCGUCAGGAAGCCCCUGCGCGACCAGGAGAUCCGGGCGGAACUCAACAAGCACUUUGGCCACCCCCAGAAGGCCAUCCUCAGCCAGGGUGGGGAGGGUGUGGAGGCGGGGGCACCGGGGGUGCGAGGCGGGGGCACCGCCGCCCCCCAGGAGAGUCCGGCUGGCGAGGAGGACCCCCCUAAGCUGGGCCUCUCAGGGGAGCUCCACCCGGGCUUCCCGGCCUUCCAGGACGAGCUGGAUCUGGGGGGGCGCGAGGGGCGCCUCCUGUACCCCUGGGAGGGCACCCCUCUGGACCUGCUCCUCCACGACUCUCCGUCCUGCUCCCCCUACAGCUGCUCGCCCUCCGUCUCCCCGCCCUCCUCCCUCCUCCUCUCCCCCGGCCGGACCUCGUCCCGCUGGCCCCCGGGCCCCGAGGACUCCCGCUCCAGGUCCCGCUCGCACAGUUCCUCCUCCCGCCACCGGCGGCGCUCUCUCUCCAGCUCGCCCGAUGGACGCCCCUCUUCCUGGUCAAGCCACAGCACAGACUCCAGCACUUACCGCUCCAGGAACCACCGAAGCCCCCAUUCUGGCUCCCGCUCCAGGUCUCCUCUGGGACGCAGACCCAGGUACGACAGCUACGAGGACUACCAGCACGAGCGCCUGCAGAGGGAGGAGCACCGGCGGGCCUACGAGAAGCGGGAGUUUGAGAGGGCGGAGCAGAGAGAGAGGCAGCGGCAGAAAGCUAUAGAGGAGAGGAGGGUGGUGUACGUGGGCAGGCUCCGGGCCGACAGCACCCGGGCAGAACUGAAGCGGCGCUUUGAAGUCUUCGGAGAGAUCGAGGAGUGCGCCGUCAACCUGAGAGAUGACGGGGACAAUUUUGGCUUCAUCACCUACCGCUACACCUGUGACGCCUUCGCCGCCCUUGAGAACGGACACACCCUGCGCAGGUCCAACGAGCCGCAGUUCGAGCUGUGCUUCGGCGGACAAAAGCAGUUCUGCAAAUCAAAUUACACAGACUUGGACUCCCAUUCGGAUGACUUUGAUCCAGCCUCCACUAAAAGCAAGUAUGACUCCAUGGAUUUUGACAGCUUGUUGAGGGAGGCCCAGCGCAGCCUGAGAAGGUAACAGUUGCCGUGGCACCUGCAGCCAACCGAGAGGGAAGGCUGAUACCUCACUGAUGUUUCUGUCCUUUAACUAGGAGACUACCACAAGUUUUACACUCAAUAUAAGAGAGUAUUUAAAGAUGAAUAUAUAUAGACUCCAAAUAUAUACAUAUAUAUAUAUAUAUAUGAAUAUAUAUAUAUAUAAAAGAAUAUAUUAAAACAAAGUUUACAUGAACAUAGCUGCUGAAGAGCUGGGAAAAAGACAUUAAGAGAGCCAGUGAUCCCUCAGAGCUCUGCACAGAUGUGUGUGCUGUGCUGCUGUACAACUGUCAGUCAAAGAUAUAAACAUUUGUGAGAAAUUUCAAGCACUACAACACCCACAAUGCUUUGAGUGGUGACAACGUGCAGCUUGUUCAGUCUGUUUCCUUUUCUUUGUUGUUGACUUUUUUUUUUUGCUUUUAGUCUGGUGUUUGGAUGUGGUGUUACAUUUUCAACAGGAGUUUAACGAAAGGUACAUUAGAGGCUUGAGGUAACAUUGCUGUCUACAUUUUGUGAGAAAAAUGUAACCCUGUAUUUACAGAUACUAUUAAAAGGAAUAUUUUUAUUUUGUGUACAUAUCAAACAAAGUUCUUUAUUUGUUACAGCUAUGCACUGUAAAACGCAGCCUUUUUUAAAUUAUGAAGAUUUUUUCUUAAUUCAGAAUGUGGAUCUGUAGGUAUUACAAUGAUGUUAAACAUAUUGGAUGCCUACAUGACGUUUAGACGAGAUGACAUGAUUGUAAAAAUGUGUCGAUGAAGGAUUGCUCAUUUUGAGGGAGCAUGUGAACGAAUUUCAUUUUUUAAGAGUUAUUUUGUUGCGGGGAAAAAAUUUACCAUGUAUAGUUUUAUCUGUUUAUAAAGUUUCUCAAUCAGUGUUUUCCCUACACAACCAGUGUAAAAUGCAUUUUUACUGUGUUUUUUCAUGAUUGUAAAAACAAACCCAUUUUUUUAAUUCAUUAUUUCUGACAACAAUCAAUAUUUAUCCAGUCAUUUUGAUUUCAAUGCUUUUAUGGUUCUUGUUUUGAUCAUUUCAGCUUCAGCAAAGACACGAUUACUAUGUUUAAUCUGUUCGAUCAGGAUAAACAAUAUACAUAUUUAUCUAUUUAUUUUAAUAUUUGAAUCAAAAUAUUUAUGCUCUCCAUCUUACAUGGCGUACCUCAACAAAUCCUUUCUAUUUAUAUAGUUUUUUUGAUUUUGUUAUUUAACUUACAAUCAGUGGGUACGGUGUACAAUAAUACAGGUUGUGUGGGGAUAUUACUUUCUAUGCCUUUCAAAAACAAUCACUAAAUUCAACUAAUCACUCAGACUCAGUUCAGAGAUGCUGUUCACUGUUCAAGUGGUUUCUUUGCAGUGGUUUGCAGCUAUGGAAACAAAAUGUCUACCACAUGCUUUUUCUUUACACAGUAGGACAUGAAGCAAUAAACUGAUUUUGUAGGUAUUUUGUUGUACCACUGUAAAACACCUGUGUCGUAGCUCCACACACGCUUGAUUAUGUGAAUGCCAAACAAAGUUUACAAUUUCCUUUCUAAUUUUUUAAAUCUUGUAUUUGAUGUACAAAAUAUAUAAACAUGAUGAUAAUAAUAUUGACAUUAUUCACAAUAAUUACAAAAAGGAUUAAUAAUAAUACAAAUGAAAGAAAAAGUAUAUAAAAAAGCAAUAAAUUAUUUUUCAGAGUUGUAUUUGAGCUCUUAUUGUUGUGUGGUUUAGGACCUAGCUGUUACCCAGCGGCUGGCCAGACAUACACGGCUCAUUCCAGAACAAACCCCCCCCUCAGAACCCACACGGACAUGGUUUACCUUCCAUAUUUGAAUCUGGUGUGUUUGUUUCACCUUGAGACAUCUUUGUAAUUGUAACUACUUGGCUACUCAGCGUGAAAAUGGUACAAGUUCACCUAGACAAGCAUCCAAAGCACUAAACCCUUGUUGUGCAGUGGACGCAUGGCUCUUCAAAGUAGGAGCGUCUAUGCAGGGUUAUCUGGCAGGACUUGAAUGACAUCGUAUAAGCCUAGAGGAACCACUCAAUAUCGCAUGCUGCACCACUUUCCAUUAGCUCCUGCCUCGCAGUCCAGAUAUCACAGCACCUUCAACGUGACAUUAAAGGUAACCUUGUGGUUUCUGGUUCAAUUAAUAUCCCGUUUAUAGCGGGAGCCAAGUAAUAAGAGAACCAGCCGCCAUCAGAGGUGGUAGAAACCUUUUGUAUUGAAGCUUUGUUGAUCACAGGCUACCUUUUAUGGAGUGUGACUGUGGAGAUGAAACUGCUCAUUUCUGUGAUGCAGAGAGGCAGGACUCGGUGGGGGGAAAUGGCUCUACCUGUAUCUCUCCAUCUUUACACUUCUCUCUGGCUCUUCAGCUUCUGGGUAACGGUGUUGUGUCCCAUUUGAUAGAUGUGGCUUUAAUCAUUGUGGUAAAUAUUAAAAAAAAAAUCUGCUUUGUAAAUCGCCUAGAUUAGCAAUAUAUUAUAACACCUUGAAAUUUCAAAUGUGGCAAGACUUUUUAAUAAUGUGAACUACGGAGGGAUUUGCCACUGCUUAAACGUUUGUUGGGUGAUCAUGUUUCUUUUGGAAGGACUAUGUGUGUGUGAAAGUGUGUGUGUGUCAGUGUGUGUGGGGGUUUUUAGGCAGGUGUGUGUGUGCGUGUGAGAGUGUGUGUGUGUGUUGGGGGGGGGGGGUUGCUUUGGGUUGUUACCUGUUUGUGUCCUAUCCAGGUUGCCUUCUGCCAAGUCCUUACCAAUGCCUUUGUGGUUUUACCUAUUGUAUGACUUUCUUGUGGAUUUUAUUUUUUAUGUGCAAUUCUCAUCAGCCUCACCAUGCCAAUAAAGGGAAAUGUGUUUGAAAGAAA